AUGACCACGGCUUCCCCGUUGUUGUUCCCUACUGCAUCCAAUUUCGUCCUUGAUUUCCUUGAAGAUUCCCAAACUUACGUAUUUACCUCGACUCACUCGCAUACUACAUCUUGGGACUACAAGCUGGACCAUUACGCUGACCAAAUUCCAAUGACUGCCACUGCCACUGAGUCCCAUGCGGAAACGGCCGAGGAAAUGCCGUUGUUAGUGUACAACACCGUCAAUACUCUGGAAGACCACAUCGUCACGUAUUGUGCGAAUACGAAAAAAGACCCCUCAAAGAAAGCUUCCUACGAACCCAGCCCGUUCAGCCUAGCAGUGGCGAACGUAGCCGCGCCGCUCUACUUGUAUACCUCGCUGAAAGGCAAAUCUGAUCUGUGGGACAAGCUCCUAGCAAAGGUGCCGGACGACCUGUUGCUGAGCAAUCCGAGCCUAGACACCAGCUGCGGCCGAGGCCUACUUUAG